AUGCGUUUCAACAAAUUUAUGUACAUUCUCUUUUGUUCUCACUAUUUUAAUACAGUCGUAUUUUCAGUUACACUGGACAUUGAAAACCCCAAUGACGAAUUAUUCCACGGAGAAGAGUCGUCCGCAAGAAGGUUUCGAUACAGAGAUUACAUUGCCAAUCCUGGAGUCAAUGUUGACCGAAUAAUAUACGGCCAUACGGCCGUUUGGAGACAGCGAACCGCCCGAGAAAAAUGCACAGUUGUAUAUGCCGCCUGCAAGUUUGGACUACCACAAUUGCUACAUGUGCAUUUAAUCGACCAGGAGAACCAAAUGAGGAAAGUCUACUACAGAAGGCAACGUGGUAUUUUUAAGAGAGUGAGCAAAGUUGUUUAUGACUUUUCACUCGACUAUUUGAGCAAGAGGGAUAGACUGGUGGACAACAGCGUUACAUUGUACAUUGAAAAAAAGUACCCAAACAACGAUAUAUUCUCCCACAAGAAUCUGGUUCUUGACGGAAUAAACUCCGUUUUGAUUUAUCCACAGCCUCGAUUUGCACUCAAGACAAUUGCGGAUAAGAUAUCAAUGCUGUGGGAGGCUUCUUCGGAAUCUGAACAGGCCAUUAAAGUGGUCGUACUUUUUGUAGAUGAGCACCAUCACUUUGCCAUAAUAAAUGUCAAAAAGGGGAAUUCACGCGAUAAUAGAUUUAUGGAGAAACUUAAUGAUGUUUGGUUCCUCCUUUCCAGAGAGGUUUUCACCAGACACAUCAAGGAUUUCAAAAAGAAGAUAUGCGCAGAGAAACACCUUUCUGUGAAUUUAUUUGAACCUCCAGAUGACUUAAACUUUGCGGUCCACCGUAACGUAUCGGGAUACGGCUUAUCCCUCAUUUAUCAGCCUAUUCCAGGGGUGAUUAUUGAGAAAAUAAUUGCAGAGGAACAGGUAAUAUGGGAACGUGCUCCUCAAACUAGAUGCUAUUCUAUACACUUUUUCUCAUAUCGCGGAACAUUAAAGCUCAUUGAAAUGUCCGUUUUUUCUGACAACACUGAGAAAAUGCUCUAUUUCAACUGCCAAGAUGAUUACUACAUUCCCAUAUCUGGGGAAGGAUUCCGAUGUUUGCUAACAAGAAUCAACCGUCCUGGUGCAUCCAAUAUGGAUUUGGCAUUUGCUAUGAGAAUAUCAGACUUGUAUACACCGGCUAACAGGAUGAAAUUAGAUAUUGAUGAGUCGUUGGAAACUAGCAAUGUCCUGUACAGACAGGAUUCAUUCAUGGAUAUACCAUACACUAUAUUCCUGGCAAAAGACAGCUGUGUAAUUUCUGACAUCGUCUCAAGUGGAUCGGUGAUAUGGUCCCCUGGUCCAGAGGGGAGGUAUUGCAUAAGUGCAACACUUUUCUAUGAUAAGAGGUUCGCAAGAUUGGCUGAAAUUGUCGUAGUAGGGACAUAUGGACAAAUUGCUAUUUUUAGAUUGGCACAUGGAGCUGGAAACUGGGUAAAAGUGUCGAAAUCUGCCUUUUCAUUUCAUCUGGAUGCCUUGUCAGUUCGGCAUGCUCCAGAGGUUAGUGAGAAUUCAGAAGAGUUGCUGAUGCCCUUCAACUUUAGGUCAGAUAUUAGAACGUUUUUAGAUGCUCAUAUAGAGAUUGAUUUGUCUCAAGGUAUCAAUGACCUCUUGUUUUACAGCAGAAUUGGUGUAUACAAGGGCAUUCUCUUUACCCUCUUUAGACCUUAUGCAGAGUACUGUCUAAAGAGAGUACAGGAUAAAAAGCACUUGAUUUGGGAAUCACAAAGUGACGACGAAGUAUGCCUCAUUGGAUUUGCAUAUUCCAUUUGCGAUUUGAACCUACUCGUCAGGAUCAUAAUAUCCAGUAACGGUGAGGAUGAAGAAAAGUUUUUGAGGUUUUCCGUUAACGAAUGGCACGAAGUUUCAAAGGAUGACUUUUAUUCUUAUUUGGACGCAUUGGCAGCUAAUCCUGGAGCGGGCGAUUCAGACGAUGAAGAGACAAUGAAUUCUGAACUCGCCCUCUACUACCCAAAUCUUGCCACGGAGAAUACCGUUUCCGAGAACAUUAAGGUCGUGAAUGAUGUGUUUGACGGUGUAAAGUCUUAUAUAAAACUUGAUGUUAGUGACACUCCAAAUGACAAGUUCUUCAUGAUCGAUUCCCGUGUCCAUCAUAGUGUUCCGCUUACAACCCUAUUACCAAAGGAGGAUUAUGCAUUGAAUCACAUUGUAGACGGAGAUCAGGUUGUAUGGAGAGAGACUGACGACGAAAAGUGUUUAUCUAUUGACAUUUACUACGAGUAUAAUGCUGCAAAGUUGAUAAAACUUAACAUUGCGGAUAAGGCAGACCGCACAGAAAAGUUGUAUUUACAACGUAUUGAGGGGAUUUGGACACCUGUUAACCGCCAGGAUUUUUAUAAUUUUUUGCCCGUAAUUUACUCUAGACGCUGUCCUAUUUAG